UUUUCCCUUUACCCACAUGUUAACCCCUGCUAAUCGCACAAAUAUGAACAGUCCCAUUACAGAUGGAUAAUGCUAUUCGAAAAGGAAAUAACCCGAGAUAUUCAACAUUUUCAAAAGUUGUGCAAGGAGAAGAAACAGUAUUUGUUACAAGUUUAUAAGGAUGAAGAAAAGGAGUUAAGUGAAAACUUUUUUAGGACUUACAAAGAGUUAGUUAAGUCUCACAAGAAACAGUUGAAUGAUCUCCAAUCAAAGGUUGAGAAAAGUAAAAAGAAAUUCAGAAGGCAUCUGGAAUGUGAACUGCGUUCAGAGAAGAAAAGUUUAAAGAAACUGUACAAUCGUAAAUCUCAAAGUAUCAGUCAUCUAAUGAAUUUCAAUGAUUUACCAGUAACAUCGUUUUCUUUGAGUAAUUUACAAAUUUCACAAAAUACUACUCACAAUAAUAAUAAUAACACUGAUAAUCAUUCAUUGAUUGAACAUUCAAAUAUUUCUUCACAAUUACCAACUGAAACUUCAUCAAUAUCACCGCCAUCUUUAUUAAAUCAUUUAAACAAAUUUGAAGCAAAGAAAAAUGGUCGGUCUAUUCAUUUAAAUAAACAUUUAAGUAAAAGUGAACAUAUGUUAAAUACAACAAGAAAAAGUUCAUCUUUGAUUGAAAAUGAUUUAAAAAAGUUUAAUAAUGAAUUAGAAGAACGUUUUUAUAAUCGUUUAAUGGAAAAUAAAAAUAUUCUAGCUGAAUUAGAAUGGAAAUGUUUACUUGAAAGACAAGAAUUAAGAAGAGCAUAUCUUCUCAAUCUUGGCGAAUUAAAACAACGUCGACUUAUGUCAUUAGGUAAUAUGACUAGAUUACAAACAAAAUCAUAUUUUGAUAUACAACGUAAAUGGUUAUGUGAAAUACAUACUAAUGAAUUAAGUCAACGUAAUCAUACAAGUCAUGAAACAUUGAAAAAAUUAGGUGAAUCACAAACUGUAGAACGUCAAACUGCAUGUAAACUAUUAAAACAAUCUAUUCAAGGUCAAAAACAAAUUAUACGCAUUUUAGAGAAUCUUUUAAAAAAAGAUAAACAUGUUGAUCAAACCAAUAGUCCACCGAAUUUCAAUGAAUAUCAACAAUCCACAUCAAUUUUAGAUCGAUUAGUUGAGACAUCACCAUAUCUCGUGACGGAAGAAUAUUCAUCUGAGGAUAUUAUAACUGGGAAUCAAAAAAAUCAUUUCAUACCAAUGACUUAUGCCUCAAGUCCAGUAACUUCAAUAAAUGAAGGUAGUCAUAGUAGUCAUAGUAAUAGUAGUGCAAUAUCACAAAAAUUGAAACAUUCCAAUGAAAAUAUUUAUCAAUUUAAACAAUCUAAUUUAAGAAAUAAAAUUGUUGAAAUACCAACAGAUUUACAAAAUUCAGUUCAUCAACAAAAUGAAAUGUUAACUAGAGCAAAAUCAACACAAAGUAUUCAAUCAACAAUAAGUGCAUAUGAAUCUUUAUCAAGAACAAUUUUAAACAUUAUCACUACACGUCAAAGUGAUUUAUGGACAAAUAUUUUAGAACAACAACAAUCUGUUACGGAAAAUUUAUUAAAAUCACAAACAGAACAAUUGAAAUUGUUAAUAACUAGUGAAAAUGCCGCAUUGAAACGUUGUCAAAUGGAUUUUGAUAGUCGAGCAGCUUAUUUAUCAGUAACAUUGGAAGCUACACAAAAAUUUGCAGAAAAAGAAUUUGCUGAAGAACAAGAACGUACAAUACAAUUUUAUUUUAAUAAUAUCAAUACCAAUAAUUUAUCUACAAUUUCUCGUUAUCAAUCAGAAAAUUUUCAAACUGAACAUAUUUUACAUGAUACAAACAAUGACAAUGAACCACCAAUGAUGAAAAAUAUUACAGUCAAUACUGAUGAAUCACCUGAAAGCAUAUUACCAGUAUCUAGUGCUAUUAGAAAAUUUGAAAAUUGUACCAAUGAAUAUGGACAGAAAAUUAUACCGAUCACAUUUAAAAAAACACCAUCUUCAUCAUCAUCAUCAAAAUUCAAUUCAACUAGUAUUCAAAGAGAACAUUUUCCUCAACAAGAUAGAAAUUAAAGUUGAUUGAAUGAAGGCUUGUUUCUUUUUUGAAUCCCGCCGAGAAAAAAAACGAUUACCAAAUUAUCAUUGUACGACUAUGUAUUGAACUAUUGAAUCUAUAUAUAUAUAAACAAAAACAGAGAACGUCCAUGGGUUUUUUUUGCUGUAGGGGAUGAGACUUGCUUACUAUGAAACUUAAAAAUUUAAAGAUUUUUAACGAUAUAACCAUUUUCUUUCGGUGAUUGAUUAGUUUGCUUUUCUCUUGUUUUUGAAAAACAAAAAACUUAAAUUAUGUACAACUUAACUAUGAAAAUACAUUUUUAACAUA